CCCCGCACGCCGCAGCCCCGCCCGGCCGCGGCUCCGGCGGGCGCAGAGCGCCGCGAGCAGCCAUGAUGGAAGGCUCGGACGACGGCCCAGAUUUCCUCUCGGAGGAGGACCGAGGUCUAAGAGCAAUAAAUGUAGAUCUCCAGACUGAUGCUGCUCUGCAAGUGGAUAUCUCAGAUGCACUGAGUGAGAGAGAUAAAGUGAAAUUCACAGUCCAUACAAAGAGUUCCUUACCAAAUUUCAAACAAAAUGAAUUUUCUGUUGUCCGGCAACACGAAGAGUUUAUUUGGCUUCAUGACUCUUUUGUUGAGAACGAGGACUAUGCUGGCUAUAUUAUUCCACCAGCACCACCCAGGCCUGACUUUGAUGCCUCCAGGGAGAAACUGCAGAAACUUGGAGAGGGGGAAGGAUCAAUGACUAAAGAAGAAUUCACCAAGAUGAAACAAGAACUGGAAGCUGAAUAUUUGGCAAUAUUCAAGAAGACAGUUGCAAUGCAUGAAGUGUUUUUGUGUCGCGUGGCAGCACAUCCUAUUUUGAGAAAGGACUUAAAUUUCCAUGUAUUCUUGGAAUAUAAUCAGGAUUUGAGUGUUCGUGGGAAAAAUAAGAAAGAGAAACUUGAAGACUUCUUCAAAAAUAUGGUUAAAUCAGCAGAUGGUGUCAUUGUUUCAGGAGUAAAGGAUGUGGAUGACUUCUUUGAACAUGAGAGAACAUUCCUUGUAGAAUAUCACAACCGAGUCAAAGAUGCCUCUGCCAAAUCUGAUAAAAUGACAAGAUCACAUAAAAAUGUGGCGGAUGACUACAAUAGAAUUGGUUCUUCAUUAUACGCAUUAGGAACGCAGGACUCCACAGAUAUAUGCAAGUUUUUUCUGAAGGUGUCAGAGUUAUUUGACAAAACGAGGAAAAUAGAGGCUCGAGUAUCUGCUGAUGAAGAUCUUAAGCUUUCUGAUCUUCUGAAAUAUUACCUUAGGGAAUCUCAAGCUGCUAAGGAUCUCCUAUAUAGAAGAUCUAGGUCACUAGUGGAUUAUGAAAAUGCUAAUAAGGCAUUGGAUAAAGCAAGAGCAAAAAAUAAAGAUGUGCUGCAAGCUGAAACUACUCAGCAAAUAUGCUGUCAGAAGUUUGAGAAAAUUUCUGAAUCAGCAAAACAAGAACUGAUAGACUUUAAGACAAGAAGAGUUGCAGCAUUCAGAAAAAAUCUGGUGGAACUAGCAGAACUGGAAUUAAAGCAUGCUAAGGGUAACUUACAGCUUCUGCAGAGCUGCCUGGCAGUGUUAAAUGGUGACACAUAAGCUACGGUCCGUCCUCCCACUAACAAGGGCUGCCCUCCUCUGGAUUUUGUUUUCAUGACUUUAAAUAGGCAUUUACAAUUCCCUGGAGAAAACAUUUGACAAAGUGCACAUAAGCAAGCUUCUUCUUUCAAAAGAAUUAAACAUGUGAAAGUAGCUCCAGACUAUAUGAACAGCAUACUUGUUAUACAUACAUAUUCAUGUUUAUUUAAUCAUUAUACGCUUUCAUUGUUCAGAAACCAAAUGCUCGGGUUUUGUGAAAAUAGCCAAUAUAAUAAUGUUCAUGUUAUGAAUACUAUGAUACGGCUGCAAUCUUAUUUACCUUUGUAAGUAAUUUCUGAAGAUCACCAUUUGAAGCACAUUGUUCAAAUGGCCUAAAUAUUACCAUUAGAUAUUUGAAUAUUGUUACUAUAAUGGCAUUGUAUACACUGUCUUAGUUUUUUUUUCCCAUGUACUUAUAUCAAAAAACUUAUCUUUUUUUCAAUUGUGAACAUUUCUUAGAAAUUUUGGAGAACUUUGUGUAACCUUUAUAACUAUGAUUUAAAAAGAAAAGCAGAUGCAUUAGUAUGUUUGCCUUAACUUGUAGACUAAUCCAAUUAUUGUAAAAUAAACCAUGAAAUCAGUGAUUUUUCUAAAAUGAUGCAGACACUGUAUCAUAUAUAAGCAUAGUAUUUUCUAGUAAAUUAGAUUGAUUUGUUUUUUUCUCUAUUCAUCGUGUAAAAACCAUUGACUAAGUAUUGGAUUGGUCUGACACUACUCGCCCAGUACUUUUCACUUGCAUUCUCAGGUUUUAUCUGUUUGUCUGUGACUUUCCUACCCGGUGUUGUACUUAAAUUGUUUUGAGCUUG